AUGGCUCAGGGACAGCCGUCUCCGGGCGCGCCUACAGGCCCGGCCGUGUAUGAGCUACCCAAGAGCCUGAUCAAACGCAAGCCCAAGGCCGCGAACCAUGCCGCCGCGACGAGAUCACAAGCUGCCGCUGCUGAAGCUGCCAACAUCAAUCAGGACGGGGCGCGCGACCCUCGUGUAGCUCCCAGCGCGUCGUCUGGCGGCAUCCCCGAUCCCACGCCGCUCUACCUCGCACAGUCCUUCGCCCCGCCCUCGACCCUACCUCGCCCGCGCCGCAUCCUCGUCAUCCUCGACCUCAACGGUACUCUGCUCUACCGCCCAACACGCCGCAUGCCUACCAAGUUCGUGGAGCGGCCCCACGCGCGACCCUUUCUCGGCUACUGCCUCGACACCUUCUACCUCGCCGUCUGGUCCUCGGCCCGCCCCGAGAACGUCAGGCGCAUGCUGGACCAGAUCCUCACCGAAGAGCAGCGCCGUCGCUGCGUCGUCAUCUGGGGCCGCGACCGCUUUGGCCUCUCCGCAAAUGACUACAAUACUCGCGUUCAGUGCUACAAGCGCCUCACCACCCUAUGGAACGACGCAAAGGUGCAGGCCUCACAUCCGCACGCCGCAAGCGGUGGUCGUUGGGAUCAAUCCAACACCGUCCUCGUCGACGACUCGCUCGAAAAGGGCCGCAGCGAACCCCACAACAUCCUCACGAUCCCCGAGUUCACUGGAAUCCAGAGUGAUCGAGUGGAUGUCCUCCCGCAGGUGCACGACUAUCUCAACCUGCUCUGCUACCAGGCAGACAUCAGUCGGUACAUGCGCGAGACUCCCUUCAAGUUGGACCCCAGCUACCAGCUCCCUCCCGCACCGGCCGAGGAGGACUAA